CGAAGAAAACUUUUCUCGAUGGUGGCCACAAGCAAAACGUCGCGGCGCGUUUGAUUUAUCGUGAAGUUUUUCCAACUGAUUCACAUUUUAUUGCGAUCGAAUCGCGUAAAAAGUAGUGCAUUCGUUUCGGCUUUAGUGCUGCUGUGGAAAUCGGUUAUUGGUUGCGGCCAAAUUUGAGGAUUUAGUGCCGAAUUUCGCGAGUCUGUAUUUUUAUUCCAGCACAGGAUGCGACGUAAGGCUGCGGAGAAGGCGAAAAGUUCGCCGGAAAAGUCGUCCCGUCGGACCACCCGUCGGGGACGUAAAUCUCCAACGGCGAGUCCUGAAAGGGAAGAAUCAGCUGCAACAAAGGAACACUCGGAGGACGAACAAGCAGCAGAACCGGCGGAGCAGCAUAAGUCCGAUGAUAGCGGAUCUGAGCAGGAAGAGGAGACACGAAAAAGAGGGCGUGGACGAAGAACUUCGCGAGCUAAGGCAUCCGAAGAGAAAACAGUCGGUCGACCUAGAAGAAGCUCCAGGAGGAAGUCUCAAUCGGUGGAGCCUUCGGAUAAAGAAGAAAGUGAAAGAGAGGAGAAUGGCGAAGGUGCAAAUGAUAAAGAUGCUGCCGUAAUGGAGACCAUUCCAGAGGAGAAACCGGAAGAAGUACAAGAGCCUGUAGCUUCCAAGUCUCCUGAGCCGGAUCAAAGUGAAACACAGCAAGAAGCGAAAGAAGAAAUUCAGGAAAAUACUGAAUCAGUGCUGGAGGUAGCUAAUGUGACUAAUUCAGAGCCAGAACAAAUGACAGAAAAACAAAACGGAGCAAAAGAUGAUGUUGGAGAACCCGAAGAUAAUCAGGACUGCGAGCAAUCGCGGGAGUCUGGAGAAGUUGAUUCCGAGAGCGUGCAGGAAGACGAAAGUCAGCAGGAACCUCCGAAAACGGAGGAGAAAGCUACCAAAGAGGAAACUCCUGAAAAGGAAGCUUCUGAGGAGGAUUCCUCGUCCGAAAAGGACGUUCGUAAAUCGGAAUCACCUAAACCGGUGCGGAAAUCUCGUUUCAGGUCACGUACCAGAUCUCCUGUUCAACAGAGAGAAUUGCCGGUCGAAUCAAAGCAGGACAAUGGCGACGAUGAUAAAAACGAUGACGAAUUGGAAGCUGGAGAAAUUAAAGACGACGACACUCCACAAAGAAGCCCUGAGAAAAAGCCAACAGAAGAGAAGCCUUUACGUAGGCCUUUACAGCGAAAAAGACGAUGGAUUUCAUCAAAAUCUGACGCCAAGGCUUCUGUUAUAACGAUAUCCACGGAUUCUUUGAAAAACAUAAUUUCGGAGCCGGUCCAACCGGUUCCCCUGUCAGACGUAAAGCUAGAGUCCUCCCCUGAGCCGGAAGAAAUCGUCGAUAGUAAUGAGGAGCCGGCGUCCGGAGAACGGCGUCGCUCCAAAGACAAACUAUCGACCAAAUCUUCCGAGAAGGAAAACAUCGACGAGGAGGACCCGCACAAGCCCAAUCCUGCGGACAAACUUUUGGGGACCAAUCGUAAGGUUAGCAUUGUAAGCGACGAUGGAAACACGGCUAUCGCCCGACCUCCGAGCCCGGCGAAACACCAUUCCAGCAACAUACUGUACAUUACGAAUUUGGUCCGACCGUUCACGGUAUUGCAGCUGAAAAGCCUGCUGGCCCGUACCGGCAAAAUCGUCGAAAAUGGAUUCUGGAUCGACAAGAUCAAGUCGAAAUGUUUCAUCAAAUAUGAAACCGAGGAUGAAGCUGUGGAGACCCGUCACGCACUGCACGGUGUCCGGUGGCCGGCAUCGAAUCCGAAAUGUUUGCACGUUGAUUUCGGAACCGAGUCGGCCAUGGAGAAGGCGAUCAUUUCGACGCUGGAUGACGCCGGAACCACGCGCAUCGCGAUCGACAGCGGCAAGGACGCCAAAGAGUUCGGAUGGAGCCGCGAUUCUGUGAAGCAGGAGGAGGAUACCCACGUGGUGCGACCGGUGCGUGAAUGGGAUCUAGGCAAGAAGGACGCAUUCGAUCGGGAAGAUCGUGGCCGAGCCGAUGGGGAUCGGGGCGGUCGGGAUAGGGAGCGGGACCGAGAACGGGAACGGGAUCGUGACCGCGAUCGCGAGAGGGACCGGGACCGCAGCGGACGUGUCGACGAGGGACGUGGAGAUCGCGGCAGGAGGCGUUCAACGGAGCGCGAAUUCGGACGGGACAGAGACCGGAGACGCGGCAGCACCAGCGUUUCACCAGCGAGAAAGUUUAAAAAGAAAGAAAAUGAACCGCCAAUAAGGCUGUUGGAUGAUCUUUUCAGGAAAACUAAAACCACCCCUUGCAUAUACUGGUUACCACUGACAGCUGAACAGAUCACAGCUAAGGACGAGCAGCGUCGCAAGGAGUUGGCCGAGAAUCAGCGCCGCCAGGAGGAGGCGCGCAAGCAGGAGGAAGAGCGUCGCAAAGAGCGCGAACGGCGUGACCGUGAGCGCCGUGAGCGUCCACGUUCCAACUCGCGAGACCGACGCCGUCGUUCGCGAUCUCGGGACGACAACCGACGUAGGCACAGAUAAAUGCCUACACGACGCAAGCGCCACCUCCGCUGAUGGAAGCGGAUACGAGGGAGCAAGUUAAAGAACUGAGAUCGCGAACGGAUCAAGGAUGUGUUGCAGAUACGAGCGGUGAGAGAGAAAGAGAGGGAGAAACAACUUUUGGGAGAUCCCGUUCGUCUUCUUGCCACCGGCGACGAAUUCCUAUAUAGGGUCUGUGCAGAAUAUUAUUGUUUCUUUUAAUCUUUGCCUCUUACUCCAGAAUUUAGCGUUUCCCGGUCCUUGAUCCCCCGGAUUUGUUCGGUUUUGUAUUCCUCUUUUAUUUCACAGUCAAUUGUAUAUCUUUUUUGGGGCGAGUUUUCAUCGUUCGCUGUCAGGGUCCGAACUCUACAUCUCUAGAGUUUACUCUGACUACCCAAGAUUAUUUCCCUUUUUAAGUUCAUUACAGGAAAUAAGGUUCGAUUACAUAUUUUCCUCUAGAAUCUAGCAAACGAUUGUUUCGUUUUUGGAAGCAAAACAGUUCUUGCUAGGAUUUUUCAUUCGUACCCAAAAUGGAAACUAAUUUAAUUCAUUAAUAUUUUUACAAUAUGAGCUACAAUUUAUAAUUCAUGAAGAAAUUAUAAGUACAUAUAUAGAUAGGAGUAGUACAGCCCGCGCGCAGUAAACGUGUAGUGUCCAGAGCAUCAGUUCGUCCAAUCCUACAUCAUAUAUAUCAAAGCGGAAACGGAGUUGCAGUUACACAAAUGACCGAGACAGCCAAAACAAGACCCUAAUCACCAACAAACAACCCAGCAUCAAAAAAAUGACAGCUCAAUAAGCAACCUUCUCUUCUGUAUAUUGUGUAUUUCCUAUCAGAAGCUGAACUCGUUCGAGAAGGCACACGCACAUGUUCUCUGGGAUUGCCGUGGUUCUGAUUCUCCACAAACACUGGUGAGCGAUGUCUAAUCCACUCACUCUGAGCUGAUCUGGGUCUAUGUUCUAACUAUGCAGGCGGUAUAUCGUUAUGAGGAGAGAAAGGAUCACCCUUAAUCAUCAUCACUCCAGUCGAAACCCUAUCGAGGAAAUCUGAAGCCCGUUCUUUCAUCGGAAACUGUUUGAUGCUAAGAAACCAGCUUCAUUUAACGCAUUAUGAUUGAAUACACAACGGAACGGAAUCAUAUUAAGCGUCAUCUUCGCAGCAAGCGCUUGAACUACCUAUCAUCCGUUAAAAACCGCAAAAGUCAGCGCGCUGGAGUAUGAUCUUCAUGGAAACACGCCUGUUUUUUAAUCGCGGAGACCGCGUGCAUCGGAAAACAUCGUGGGAAGCUACGAGCAUUGAGGAUGGAAACACUGAAUGAAAUGAAUUUAAUGUAGUCAACCCCCCCUCCCAAGGAAAGCUGAAUAACUAGAAUUUGUAGUAAUGGACAAACUGUCGUUUUAUUUUUCUCUCGUAACAGAAAACCGUAGAGUUCUCUUUUUCUUUCGUGUUGGGUGACACAAGUGUGAAGCAAGCACCAACACAAAGCAGAUUUUACGAACGAAUAAAUUCGCCAGUAAGCAUAAUUGAUAAUCUAAUCGUAUUUGGUAAAACUUUAAUUCCUACUCAAAAGAUGAGAAUAAAGUAUAAACGUCAAUAAUCUA